AUGCACGUCCUCCGAGUUGUCUUCUCUUUAGUACUGCUGCUUUCCAGUGCGCUCGCCGUGGCCGUACCCUCUGUCCCGCACUGCCAGAACCCUCGUGCUCUCAACACCACCUACAUUGGACGUAACAAUGACGUUCUCGUACGGCAAAUCGCUUGCGACAAUGUUCCGACGUCCCAAUUCGCCCGUGGCAUCGAGGUCAGGCAGGGCAGCAUCGAUGCUUCUAUCAACAACUGCUUCACCCCAGGCACUGGAGGAUCCAACCCUAAUGACUGCUUUGUCAUCGCCGAGGCCCUUCUCUUCCUCUCCGACCAGCCAGGCGGUGACGCGUUCUCGCUCGCCUCCUCUGGGAGCGCCAACGCCAUGACAUUGACCUUCAACAGUUGCCAGAGCUUCAUAGUUAAUCAAUCCGGCGUCCCUCUGACAUACUGCCGGUCCUCCUGGUCUCCGAUCGUCAAAAGCCUCGCGUUCAACUGCCAGGCUACGCAGAACGCAAACGGAGGGAUUGCUCUUCCGGAGGAUCAGUCAUUUUUCAUCCAGUAUGUUCCACUCUAUCGCUUCCUUGGAUACCGCGAUUUCUGA